AAAUAUUUACUCCAUCGAUACUGGUUUGUGAAUAAGUGUCAACAAGUAGUUUCCGAGCAUGAGUAGAAAGAGUUUAAAUGACUUGAGACGACCAAAGACUACAGCAUUCAAAUCACCACUCCAAAAUACCUCACAGAAGUCAAGCAAUGGUUUAAAAAACAGUGAGCAAGAUGAUGUGCAAGAAUUGGAAAAGAAACUGGAGACCUUUAAUACUGAAAUAGCAGAGCUAGAAAGCAGGGGCUUAAAUGUAGAAAUGCUACAAACCCACAUAGACAAGUUACACCAGUACAACGAGCUUAAGGACUGCGCCCAAAUGGUGUUGGGAAGAAUAGCUGUACUUGAGGGUGUCAGGACCAAAGACCUCUACCCUCGCUAUAACCUUGACCUGGAAGACUAAAGUCGAUAGGAGCCAAUGAAAUAGUCCGUUUCAUAAUGAACGUGAUGGACCACCAAUGGUGGCAUUCAAUUGACGCACAAAUUUGUUGAAGAAAUACAAACGGAGUUGAAUACUUUAAAAUUUUAUUUUAUAAAAUUGUUAGCAAAUGCAAUUGUACUGUAUAUAAUUUGUUGAAGUUUAAUAAAAAUAUUUUUUGAAAAAAUUAA